AUGGAUAUCGAUGCUCCUACAAACCAUCCAGGUGCUCUGAUAUUCUGGGCAUACAUUGUCGCUGCUCUGGCGUCCACUGGGGUCGUCUUAAACACCAUCAGAAAAUCACACCUAAAGAACAAUGGCAGGCUCAAGAACCCUCCAUUUCUCGCAAUCCUGGCUAUAUCAAGUUUUGCUACUCUUUCCUACUAUAUGCUUAACGUUCUGAUCCAAUCCUACCAACAAUGGACGACUCGCCACAAUAUUCCGCUAGGAGCCUUGAUCGGACCAAACAGGACACCGCUACACUUGUGGCAAUGGUCAAUCACUUCUUCGCUGUUUCAAGAUUUUGGUGAGGCCAUUGUAGCCACUAAAUCUCGGUAUCUUCUCUCUUCUUCCGGCUUGUGGUCUACACUUGCCGUGGCAGUAUACAUGGGCAUCGAAGGUCGAAGACACAAGGUACCCAAUCUCUGGGCUUUCUUUGCACUUCUCGAGAUUUUGCCGACAUCGUUCGCUCAGACAUUGUUCUAUAUCAUGCUUUGUACCAAGCCUCAAUCAGCGAAUUCGAGUGUCCAAUUGUUAUCAUACUGGCCACUAUGGUAUGCUGUGCCGCUCACAUAUGCGUAUUGUCUCAACUCAGCACCUGGAUAUGCUGGACAAGGAGAUUUGCUCAUCUAUACCAUUCUCGUGGCACGUCUAUUGCUUGUUCUCCCGUCAGUUUUGCCAUUGAGCAGCUCGAAUGAUGAAACUCCCAACACUUUCAAGCAUGCGGCAACCCUGCGCCUGUUUGUCUUUACAGUCGCCGUUCAAUUCUUCACUCAGAAGAGUAUCGGAGACUUGGGGCCGUUGAACAAGAUGCCUUCGAUCCUGCUGGAAGCUGUGAACAGUCACCCAGCAGUUCAGACCUUGAGCUAUGAUCUGCUACACAGUCUGAUUGCAUUUGGCUAUUGGAUGUUGCGAAGAGAUAAGGCCGACCCAGUCGCAAGUGUUGCAGCAAGCCCACAAAAGAUUUCUACCAAGAAGAAGCGCUAG